UAAGCGACCAGUAUCCCCUUCCCGACUCUUUGUCACCAGCUCAGCAACCGGGACAGAUUCACCAAGUGCAGGACCCUGCCGGUGGACACCUGCCGGCCGGACACCCGGCGCACCAGGCGAGCUCCAACACAAACACACGCACGUGCGCCCCGCCCCCGCCGCGCGCACGCGCCCCGAGGCUCCGGCGGCGCGGCGGCGGCGGGCGCGCGCGCGGUGCUUGCUACCCCCACGCUGCUCCCUCGGCUCGCAUCGCUGCACCUCCAGCUCCCAGCACAGCUCCACGCCCGGCCUGCCGACCUGAAGGUGGCGGCUGUGCUAGGUGGGCUCCAGCGAGCGCAGCAGUCCAGGUGGAGAAGCGAGGGAGCGCCGCGGAGCCGCGCAAGUACCCUGGAGGCGGUGUUGCCGGGCGCGGGCCCCUGCGUAAGACGGGAGCCUUGAGAGGCCGGCCAGUGAGGCGCCGCCGCCGGGGGAGGCCGCGACGGAGCUCCAGGACUGGCCAUGGGCUGAGGCACGUCCUCUUCGAGCAGCCUGUAGUGAAAGAGAUCCUUUCCAGCCCCACCGAAAAACAUGCCCGGGUGACAGCCUCCCAGAUCUUCCUUGUGGCCUUCCUCACCCUCUGUAGUGACACUAUGCAACCUCAGUGUGACCUGCGAGGCCUCUGGCUCCUGCUGCUGUCCUUGUACCUGCUCCUCUCUGAGGUGGCCAGAGCUGGCCGACCAGUGGUUAGCUGCCCUGCUGCCUGCCUGUGUGCCAGCAACAUCCUCAGCUGCUCUAAACAGCAACUGCCCAAUGUGCCCCACUCCUUACCCAGCUACACAGCACUUCUGGACCUCAGCCACAACAACCUGAGCCGCCUGCGGGCUGAGUGGACCCCCACGCGCCUGACCCACCUGCAUUCCCUGCUGCUGAGCCACAACCACCUGAAUUUCAUCUCCUCGGAGGCCUUUUCCCCAGUACCCAACCUGCGCUACCUGGAUCUGUCCUCCAAUCAGCUGCGAACGCUGGACGAGUUCCUGUUCAGUGAACUGCAAGCACUGGAGGUGCUGCUGCUCUACAAUAAUCAUAUCAUGACAAUGGACCGCUAUGCCUUUGAUGACAUGGCCCAGCUCCAGAAAUUGUACUUGAGCCAGAACCAGAUCUCCCGCUUCCCUCUGGAACUGGUCAACGAAAGAGCCAAGCUACCCAAACUAACACUCUUGGAUCUGUCCUCCAACAAGCUGAACAAGUUGCCACUGAGUGACCUGCAGAAGCUGCCAGCAUGGAUCAAGAAUGGACUGUACCUACAUAACAACCCCCUGGAAUGCAACUGCAAGCUUUAUCAGCUCUUUUCACACUGGCAGUACCGGCAGCUGAGCUCCGUGAUGGACUUUCAGGAGGAUCUGUACUGUGUGCGUUCCAAGGAGCUGCACAAUGUCUUCAACCUAAGUUUUCUCAAUUGCAGCGAGUACAAGGAGAGUGCCUGGGAGGCUCACUUGGGUGAGACCUUUACUAUCAAGUGUGACACCAGGCAGCAGGGGAUGACUAAGGUGUGGGUGACACCAAGCAAUGAACGGGUGCUAGAUAAGGUGGCCAAUGGCACAGUGACAGUCAAGGAUGGCAAUCUUCAUUUCAACAAGGUGCAGGUUGAAGAUGGGGGUGUGUAUACAUGCUAUGCCAUGGGGGAGACCUUCAAUGAGACACUGUCAGUGGAGUUAAAAGUAUACAACUUCACCUUGCAUGGGCACCAUGACACCCUCAACACAGCUUAUACCACCCUAGUGGGUUGUAUUCUCAGUGUGGUCCUGGUCCUCAUAUAUCUGUACCUCACCCCUUGCCGCUGCUGGUGCCGGGGUGUAGAGAAGCCUUCCAGCCAUCAAGGUGACAGCCUCAGCUCUUCCAUGCUUAGUACCACACCCAACCAUGAUCCUAUGGCUGGUGGGGACAAAGAUGAUGGUUUUGAUCGGCGGGUGGCUUUCCUGGAACCUGCUGGACCUGGGCAGGGUCAGAACGGCAAGCUCAAGCCAGGUAACACCCUGCCAGUGCCCGAGGCAACAAGCAAGGGCCAACGGAGGAUGUCAGAUCCAGAAUCUGUCAGCUCGGUCUUCUCUGAUACACCCAUUGUGGUGUGAGCAGGAUAGGUUGGUGGGGAGAUUGUGCCCCAGGAGAGGUAAUGCACCCCUGAAGGAUAUGAGGGGAUGGAAGAGAGGGCUGGCUGCCCAAGGGAAUGGGUUCUUCCUGACCUCUGGGGAAUUGGUCAUGGGCACAAAAGUAGGCAAGAUCCCACUGACGGUGUGGCUGCCGCUAGUUUCAAAUAUGGAUAUAUUAAUCCUCAGGCAAAUGCUACACCCCUACCCAAAGUCCUGGCAAUUCUCAGUGUAGUAGAGGAGGAGGGGCAUGUCUGAGUUGGAUGAGAAUGAGAAAGGGGUAAAGGGAAGAGCAGAUUCCCUAACCUUUUUGAGGUCAUCCCUAGCUCCUUAAAGGAAAAUCAUCUAAAAACAUUUUUUUUUUGUCUCUGCCCACCCACACCUGUGAAGUUGUGUGUGUUGGGAGAGCCUCCACAGGAGCCAUGUUGAGAAAGCUUCAGUAUCUUCUUUGGUCAGGAAGUCACACUUCACAGCGGGGGAAUAGGAAAUCUUUGGAAAAUGAGGCCUUGAUUGGUAAUGCUCCCCAAGAUUGUUGUGAGUCUUUCCUCUAAAGCCUCUUUCCCAGUGAGCCCUGGUAGAUGGAUCUUAGUGGGACCCUGGCCUGAAUGGGCAGCAUGUGGGAUCUGGUAUCUGUGCCUUAUACUGGGACCAGUGGCACAGUUACAGCAUAAAUUAAGAGACCCCAUCACAGAAUAGCUGCUAGUACAAAACUUGUGGAUGCAGGGUGAAUUCCAGAUAGGCUAAUUCCCUGAUUGGAAAAACUCUUGGUUAACAUUUGCUUCCCAGGAUCUGUGUGUCAGACCAGAGUGGGUCGGUGAAGCCAGAACUUUAAUGGAUAGCUGCUGUAGAUGUGAUACUGUUGGCCCACUCUCACCAGGACGUUGAGGGUAAAUCAGCUUCUGUGAUGUAGUAGCCAAUGGAACCUAUUUGAUUUUCCAUGUAUACCAUCUCUUCAGUCUCCUUAUCAAGCUAGGUUAGGAUUCUGAGUUUCCCUUAAUAUGCUGCUCUGCAAAGAGAAGACUAGGAAAAUCUGGCCCCAGCUCAGUUAGACUGAGUGUGGAGAUGGAGGAAACCCAGGUAUCUCCUCUGUGUUGACAAGGUUACAUCGCUCCUCUCUGAGAUCUCACUCUUGGUGCAAAGCCAAAGCAUGAGAUUUAGUCAUCUGAAGGGUUGGAACUGGGUGAUCUUUUGUCUCAGGAUGGCAAUUUGGAGUGCAGCAUAGAGUUUUACCCUCUCCUUAAAGCUCAAGUCAUUCCUGUAGUGGAGGAAACCAAUGGCACUACACUUCCAGAUGGAAAGUUCUGCCACUCGAUCCCUCAGCCUGAGGUCUGUGCAGUUGUGGUUGUUAGGCCAGAGGAACAUAAGAACAUUUGUUUCCAGCCAGAAUUUCAGAAUAGUUUGGGUAUGAAGAUGACUGCUUUCUUUUAACUUCUUCCUGUAACCAUGGUACAGGUCUGAGAGACUAUGAGCUUCGGCAGCAGCAUGAGCAGGGCAAAGGUGAAAUGCUCUUUGACGUUGGUCCUUUUUAAUGUCUCUUCUCCUCUGUUUCCUGUCUCUUGAAAGUUCUUCAGGUCCUCUAGUUUUCUGAUCUUCCUUUUAGGUUCUAAGAAGUGUUAUUUAUCUGUGGAUGAGAACUGUUUUCUAGGAGGGCCUGACUGUUAAGCCGCCUGUUAAGACUGGGGAAGGGGCUUGAAGUCAAUAUCUUCUCCUUAUCUGUCCCUGGGAUCUCAAGGCUGCUGUCCAUCUUUUAUUAAUAACCUAGUUUGGUCAAGAGAGAGGUGCAGCAAUUUCCCUCAAGUAGUUGCAUGCUCAUAGCUAUGCACGCUCCUAAAUAUGCAUGCACACCAGCACCUCGACCUCCAACAGGACAAUGGAUCUGUAGUCCCCACUAACGCCACUUCCAAUAGUCUCUCACUUUGUGCACAACUUUAUGCACACUUUUCUUGUGCUGUAGGAGAGACAGUGACCAUGCCAGGCAUCUUAAAUAUACAAACUGUUAUACUUUAAUUUUUGAACUGCCUGAACUUUCAUAUCUCCAUGACUCUGAAUCACUUCUCUGGAAAAGUUAGGAGUCAGAGGGACCAUGGGUUGAAGAUCUUUUGAGAAGGGGUCGUGAGGCCCUAGGUAGUUCUUCAGACUCCUGAGAAAACUUCCUUAAAAAUUACAUAUACAAGAUACUAAGAACUAGGGCAAUGAAGGACCCAGAAAGAAACUAGCAGGGGCCAAGAAGCUAUGAAUUGCUCUUCCUAAUGUUAACUGCUCUAAUAAGACAAAAGGUGGAGGAAAACAUUUUCUGGCUAUACCCCAGAGACUUACAAGGAUUUGUCACCAGAGCCACAGGCACCAGGACUCUCUCCUCAGACUUAGCAAGAAACAUGGGAAAGUAUUUUUUCAUGCUGCAAUUUUUCAUCUUACUACCCAGGGCUCUGAAACACUUUUAAAAUGAAAGUCAAAUGAAGCAAGCCUUCUGGGGCAUUUUAGCUGCGCUCCAUGAGAGUUAAGGGGCCAUUUUCUUCCUGAGUCCUUGCAGCUCUAAGUCUCCCUACCGUAUCCACUAGUUUGAGAUACCUCGAAGAUGUGCCAGGUUGCCCCCAUGAGAGGUUUAACUGAUUAGCUUCUCGUGGUUUCAGUUGAUAAAACCCAAAGGUGGCUGGGGGACUGAAUACUCACCAAAAGCAUACCCUUCAGCAAGCUUUGUAGAACUUGGGUAGAAACUACCAGGUGUGGUUAUAAGACACCUCCUCCCCUCACCCUACCCUGCACCAGUAAGCCAGACAUAUCUCCCAGGAAGCAGGUGUCCUUGGAGACAGAAUACGACAGGGCUCUACAAUCUGUCCAUGUAACUAUUUGUGAUCGUUUUUUCUUUGCUUGUAUUUAUUAGGCCUCUGAGAAGGGGGCAGGGGAGGGUACAUCUCACCUGGGGAGAGCAAAGCCAAUUGAUUCCAGUUUUGUGUGUGUUCUUACCUCUGUAUGUCUUCCAGUGUCCAGGACCCUGUUCCUCCCACUUGUGUACACCCAGGCUGGCAAAUCUAAGAGCCUGUGGGCUCUGAAAACUAGAUAAUGACCAUUAAACCUGGCUUGAGUCUCUGUUCUA